GUGGUGCACUUCGCCGGACGCCAGUGGAAGGUCACCGGUGAAGACUUGAUCCUGAUCGAGAACCACAUCGAGGCGGAGUGCGGGGAGCGUAUCCGCAUGGAGAAGGUGCUUUUGGUUGGAGCUGAGGACUUCACCCUGAUUGGUAGGCCUCUUCUGGGGAAGGAGCUGGUCAGAGUCGAGGCCACCGUAAUCGAAAAGACCGAGUCCUGGCCCAAAGUCCACAUGCGUUUCUGGAAGAGACACCGGUUCCAGCGCAAAAAGAUCAUCAUCCAGCCGCAGACGGUGCUAAGGAUCAACGGCAUCGAGCUGGCCCCCAGACUCACGUGAAGAGGAUGACACAGAGGACUGGAAGACUCUACACUCUGACCCGCGGUUUAUUUUUUCUUAUUGGUUUCAAACAUGUAAACAAACUUGUGGCGGUCAGCUUAUAUGCUCAUGACUCUGACUGGUUUAAAACGAGGAGCUGAACAUUUCAGUAAUACCCUGAGCAGCUGUUCACUGGUUUGUACUCCUGUAAAUAUAUAUAGUGCAGACCUGUGAGAUGUAUUAAAGCUUUGUUUCCAACAUGUA